AUGAAGAAGUCAGCUCUUGUUAUUGUCUUCUUCUUUUUCUUUUUGUCUAGUAACCAAGCCCAUGCAGCAUAUUUUUCACUCCCAAACCUAAACCACCAUGAAAUACCCAUCCAUGUACCACAACCCGAAAGCAUUGCUUUCGACUGCAAUGGCGCACCCUACGUGGGUGUGGCUGAUGGCAGGAUAUUCAAGUGGCUGGGACGCCCAUUUGGGUGGACAGAAUUCACAGUCACCGCACCCAAUAGGCCGAGAGAAGUAUGUGAUCUCUCAACGAGCAAAGGCAGCGAACCGAUAUGCGGGAGGCCACUUGGUUUAAAAUUUGACCUCAACACAUGCGAACUGUAUAUUGCAGAUGCCUAUUUCGGGCUUCUAAAGACAGGUCCAAAUGGUGGAGUAGCUCAAACACUUGCAACAUCUGCUGAAGGAUUCCCUUUCCGUUUCUUAAAUGGUGUGGACGUUGAUCAAGAAACUGGAAUGGUUUACUUUACAGACACCAGUGCUAUUUAUCAAAGAAGGAACUGGGAAUUGUCAGUCAGCACAGGUGAUAAAACUGGAAGGUUAAUGCUAUAUGAUCCAUCGACAAAGAAUGUGACGGUGUUGCUUCAUGGCUUGGCUUUUGCAAACGGGGUGGCACUAAGUAAGGAUGGUGAUUUUGUUCUAGUGACCCAAACCACUGCAAAGAACAUUUUGAGGUAUUGGCUUCGAGGGCCUAGAGCCAACACUGUUGAUACUUUUUUCAACCUCCAAGGAGCCCCAGACAACAUCAACAGAAAUCUAAAUGGAGAAUUUUGGGUUGCUGAAAACAGUGCUGGAAGAGGUAAAGCGGUGAAGCUUGAUGCCCAAGGAAAUUUUCUGGAUGUUGUAGAUGGACUCAACCCUGUGAGUCAUGUUGAGCAGCGUCAUGGAAACCUUUGGAUAGGAUCUGUUGUUAAUAACUUUGUUGGGGUCAUUCUUAAUUUUGUUUGA